UGAAACACUCAUCCAUCCUCCACUCAUCAUCAUCUGCAUCCAGCGCCUCGGGUCCGGACAACAACAACAACUUUACCUCAACUUUGACGACAACAACGAAAUACCAUCAUCUCAUCUUGGUUCACCUCAAACAUACCUGCAUAACCUUUCAUCAACAGCACCAACUCAUCUUCUACCGACCGACCUCCCAGUUUCAACAGGGCUUCCAUCCAUCUACCAACCCCACAGAGCAACCCAGAUCACACCACCCGCCACGAACGAGGAGGCCACGUGGACAAGCAAAAAAAAAGGGCAAAAAAAACAACAAAAUGUCAUCAUCAACAUUAGCACCACCACCACCACCAUCAACCUCGCAGCCGCUCACCCUAGCAGCCGCCGCCUCCUUCCUCGCCGAAAAAGCCCGCUCCACCUCCCAACUAAUCGAAAAGACCCUUCUUCCGCCUCCAUCCCAUAAACCCACUGAUCCCUCAAACCCCUACCCUUCCAACCCCUCCCUGACCAGGCUGACCAACCUGUCCGCCAAGCUCCUCCAAUUCAACCAGCACGCCAACACGCUCGGUGACUGUCUGACCAGCGCGGCUCAUGCCUCGGGUGGCGGCGGCGGCGUGGCUGACGUGCUGGCCAGGACGCUGGACCAGGCACUGACGAGGUGUGAUCAGGGUGUCGAGGUGGUUAGCGGGCAGGUGGAGUGGUUGGGGAGGGACGACGUAGGUACGGAUGUGUUGCAGCCGGGGACGGGGAAAGGGAAAGGGAAGACGCAGAAGGAGGAGGUUGAUGGGCAGGUGGUGGAGGAGUAUGCGGACUUGUUGAUUGCCUACUCAAGAUUGUUCAUCUUUGGGUCGCAGAUUGUCAUUUUGGACAAAAAGGAGCAAGCCGAGUGGAUGGUCAAGACUGAUGUUGACAAGAUGAUCAACAGAGCCGAAGAGUCGGCGAAGAAGGUGUUGCUUGGGAAGAGCAUCCUUAGGCAGCUGUAAUGGUUGCCUAACUUGCUUUUCAUAGGGCUUUCUUGGGUUUAUGUGCGACAGUGUGAACCCCAUCAAGAGGGUGUUUUUGGGAUUCUCUUUUUUUUUGGAUUGGAAACAACUUUUAGGAAGUUCAUCACUGAGAUGAUCGAAUGCAUUCUUUUUGGGAAUCGGAUACGUGAGGGGGGGCAAUCUGGGUUGUCAUGCUUGUGUGACAACAAGCAGUGAACGGAAGCAAUCACUUGGGAGAAAAAAAAAUAAGGUCACUAUGGCAUGCAAUGUAUUGAUAGCAUUAUAUAGCCACGACAGCGUUCGUUCUAGGAGCAAAUGAGGCAGGUAGGUAGGUAGGGACGUUCUUUGAUAUCCAGAUCACUUCACCCAGA